AUGUUAUAAAGUCCUAAUGAGAAGUUAUAAUAAAAAGUGUCAUCCUAUAAGGAAAAGAUAAGAACUUAAUUGAAGAAAAAAAUAAUAAUCAUGAAAGAAUAAUAAAAAUUAAGACAUUCAAAUAGUGAUUGUAAUUGAUAUACUUAUUUUCGAAUAGUAUAAUUAGACACACCAUAUUCAUAGUAAUCAAAAAUUGCUGCUGAUUUUUCAGAUAAUUAUGAAUUGGGUAAUAAAUUAGGAGAAGGAGCUCAUGCAAUUGUUCAUAAAGCUAUUAGAAAAAAUGAUAAUCAAGAAUUUGCUGUAAAAAUAUUUAGAUCAAGUGACCCUGAAAUAAUUGCAUCAAUAAGAAAAACUUAUUAGAUUGGAUCUAUACUUUAACAUCCAAAUUUAAUUAAAGUAAAAGAAUUAUACAUAAACUAAUAAAAUGGAUAUUCCUAUUAAAUUAUGGAAUUGUGUUAAUAUCCAAAUUUAGAAAGUUAGAUAAACAAAUUGAAUUUAAUGGAAAUUAAGAUAGUUAUACGGUAUAUUAAAAUAUGUAGUAAUAAUAGUGAAUUGUUGAAUGGCAUACUUUAUAUGCAUAAAUAAAAGGUUUGCCAUAGAGAUAUAAAACCUGAUAACAUUCUAUUUGAUGGUUUAAAUGUAAAAAUCUUAGACUUUGGAGUCAGUAAGAGAUUUUAUAUCAAAUAAUAAUAUAUUGAUAUGUGGACACCAACAGGUACAUAAUUUUAUUGUGCACCUGAAAUUUACACUAAAAUUAGUUAGACCUACAAAGUUGAUAUGUGGGCUGUUGGAGUAUAUAAUUAUUUAUCAUUAUAUUUUAAGGUUAUUCUCUAUUAAUUAUUAACUAAAUAAUUGCCAUUCCAAGAUGAAACUGCUCAUGGAACUAUUGAAUUAAUUUGCAAAGCAUAAUUUUAGGAUCAUCCUGCUUUAGAUAAAAUUACUAAAGAUCUGUUGAGUAGAUUGUUAUAAAUUGAUCCAAAAAAAAGACUCAAUGCAAAAGAAGCUUUACAACAUAUAUGGUUUCAAAAUAAAGAGAUAAGACAAUAAUGUAUGGAUGAUAUGAUUGUUCAUGAUGGCCUAGUUAAUAAUUCCUCUUUAAUUAUCUAACUUAGUUAAUCAUAAAACAGGAAUAUUUAUUAAAAUUAUCAUCCACAUACUAAAGUUGAAGCAUUUAAACCUACAAUACAUGUCAAACAAUCUUCAUUUAGAGAUUCAUCAUGA